AUGGAUAGAAGGGGUGAGAAAUCGGCUUGGACCGACUCCGUCGUGUCGACUCGCAAGAACUCGGGGGAAUGGCAGCUAUCGAGACCAAACUCGCCCAUUCUAUCUCAUCUGGAUCUCAAGAUGGACCAGGGACAGGCCAACACAGAUAUCUACAGCACAUCCAUCACACCGGUUGUCGAGAAGGGCGCCGAUCCGCACCAUGAUCACCAUGGCGGUGUCGACAUGUUCGAUCCGAACCGGCCCAAGAUGCCUUGGAAGCAGCGGCUGCACCACUUCACAUGGGCUUGGUACACGCUCACCAUGAGUACCGGUGGUCUGUCACUCCUCAUUUUCGCUCAGCCGCACCAGUUCCCCGGUCUCAGGCAGAUCGGCCUGGUUGUCUACGUGGUCAACAUCCUGCUGUUCGUCGGUGUCUGCUCCGCCAUGCUGCUACGGUUCUUCUUCAACCCCGGAGACAUGGCCAAGUCGCUCACCCAUGAGCGAGAAGGCUUCUUCUUCCCGACCUUCUUCCUCUCCAUCGCGACUCUCAUCACCAGCACCCAGCGCUACGCCAUCCCCGACAAUGACUCGACGCUAGCGUGGGCUAUCCAAGUGGCCUUUUGGGGAUACGUGAUCCUCACCCUCAUGCUGGCCAUCGGCCAAUACAGCUAUGUAUUCGCCGCCCACAGCUUUGGCCUGCAGACCAUGAUGCCGACGUGGAUUCUUCCCAUCUUCCCUAUUAUGCUUUCGGGGACUAUUGCCUCUGUCAUCGCCGACACUCAGCCUGAGAUCGCGGCCGUUCCCAUCAUCGUAGCCGGCUUGACAUGUCAGGGUCUCGGCCUGUCCGUCGCCAUCCUCAUGUAUUCACACAUGGUCGGCCGCUUGAUGUCGGCCGGUUUGCCUAACCGCGAGCACCGUCCCGGCCUGUUUAUGAACGUUGGUCCCCCGUCAUUCACUGCUCUGGCCCUCAUCGGCAUGGCCAACGGCCUCCCAGAUAGCUUCGACCCUGACCUGGACGGCGUCAUCAUCGAUGCCGGCAUCAUCCGUACCAUGGCCUUACUGACCGGCAUCAGCCUCUGGGCUCUCGCCGCCUGGUGGUGGGGUAUUGCCAUAGUCGCAGUCCUCCAGUCGCCUCCCGUCUACUUCCAUCUCGGCUGGUGGGCCAUGGUCUUCCCUAACACCGGCUGGAUCCUCGCCACCAUCUCCAUCGCAAAUGCCAUGGGCAACGAGGCAGUCAAGUGGAUGGGGACUGGCAUGAGCAUUGUGCUCGUCCUCACCUACUUCUAUGUCCUCUACCACCACAUUCGCGCUGUGGUUAUACAAGAUAUCAUGUACACUGGAAGGGACGAGGAUUACAACGACCACUAG